AUGAAUUCUCCAUUUGGUGAAGUUUUUAUGUUUCUUACUAAUUUAGCCUGGAAGAGCCGCUUAACCAUACCAGUUUUGGUAACUACCGCAUUUCUUAUUAUGGAUAUACGUUUACAGAUUGAAAUAAACAUACAAUCGGGGCAAGUGGCGGCUGCAGAAUUUAAUCGGCUUGAUAAUGAUGAUGAUGAGUAUAUCGAUAAUAAUGAUGACGACGAUGACGAAUAUAAUUACGAUGAAUAUACCACGGAUUCUAGUGCAGAUGCAGAUGACGAAGACGAUGAUGAAAAUGGUAAUUCAUGGUAAUAGUUGUUUAUAAUAAAUAUUUUCUACUUUAACAUUUUCAUUCACUUUAUUACUCUUCAUUAUUAUUAAUUAUAAAAAAACAGCAAUGAAUUAAGUUGGUUUUUAACCAAAAUAUUUAUGUAAAAAAUAUUUAUUUCCAUAAAAAGAGCAAAGCAAUGCCAAGAUUUA